AGCGCGCUGAGCCAGUCGAGGAAUUCAACAGGUACCUAUUGACAUUUCCCUCUUUCUCUCUGUCAUUCCUCCAGCUCGGAUGUACCGACUGCACUGCACUCAUUCUGUGUAUGGAGUGGAUGGAAUUAAAGACUCCACGGAUUGGAAAAAGUUCACUCUGCAGUAAUCUCUAACAUCUGGAAUAUUGCACCUGGGAGAUAUUUUGAUUUGGAGCAAUUUAAAGCCAUACAAAAAGUGUUCUCAAUUCAGCACCAGGAUACCGCCUUGUCAUGAAGAGGUCUAUUCCUUUCACGGGCCCGGUCGGAGCAGCUGGCUUGUUCCUGUGUUUGACCCAGACCGCCCUGGCCAUCGUCCUCACCAACUCCACGCAGCUGGAGUCCAUCCUGGAGAAGUACAGGGACGAGGAGUGGUGGGGCGCCAGGUCGAGGGGGAGGAGGGCCAUCAGCGAGGGGGACAUGCACCUCAUUCUGGACUUGCACAACAAGCUGCGGGGGCAGGUUCACCCUCCUGCCUCCAACAUGGAGUACAUGGUAUGGGAUACCGAGCUGGAGAGGAGCGCGGAACACUGGGCGCAUACCUGCCGAUGGGAACAUGGGCCGAGCCACAUGUUGACACAAAUAGGCCAGAACCUUGGAACGCACUGGGGCAGGGAUCGCCCCCCUACCUACCAUGUCCAGGCCUGGUAUGAUGAGGUGAAGUACUACAGCUAUCCUUACUCCCAGGAAUGCAACCCACACUGCCCAUUCAGAUGUUCAGGACCUGUUUGUACUCACUACACUCAGUUGGUGUGGGCGACCAGCAAUCGUAUCGGCUGUGCCAUCAAUGUGUGCUACAACAUGAACGUGUGGGGGAUGAUCUGGACUAAAGCUGUCUACCUGGUCUGCAACUACUCUCCACCAGGCAACUGGUGGGGUCAUGCUCCAUACAAAUAUGGAACUCCCUGUUCUGCAUGUCCAGCUAGCUAUGCUGGAGGCUGCAGGGACAAUCUCUGCUACAAAGAUGGUGGAGUUGACAGGCGCCCGUCUCCUGAGAUUGAGGAGACCAACUACAUUGAACCAGAACCGGAGCCAGUUAUGGACAGGGAACCCCGACCCAGGGCCCAGACACCAAACCCCUCACCCAAUGACAACCUUGAGCGAAACCAGGUUGUCAGCACAGAGCAGAUGUGUCAACAGGUCGACUGUGAGACCAAGCUGAGAGAUCAGUGCAAGGGGACAACCUGCAACAGAUAUGAAUGUCCGCCAGGCUGCCUCGACAGUCCUGGAAGAGUUGUUGGGACGGGAUAUUAUGACAUGCAAUCCAGCGUGUGUGGAGCCGGUUUACACUCUGGUGUUAUUGACAAUGGUGGAGGAUGGCUGGAUGUGACCAGAGUGGGCAGAAAGCAGCAAUUCACAGAGUCAUACAAGAAUGGCAUCCAAUCAAUUCGGAAAAAUAGAAGCGCAAAUUCCUUCAAAAUAGAGUCGGUGCCCGUCAAGGCACUAUCAUGCGACACGACUGUUGCACUGUUCUGUCCUUUCAAGAAACCUGUACGGCACUGUCCCAGGUCGUAUUGUCCACGGAACUGUCGGCGUGAUAGUGUGGCCCGAGUCAUUGGGACAAAAUACUAUUCAGAUAAAUCCAGCAUCUGCCGAGCAGCUGUUCAUGCUGGAGUGAUCCAGAACGAGUCGGGGGGGUACCUCGAUGUGAUGCCUGUGGAUAAAAGGAAGCAGUACAGUAGCAGCUAUCAGAAUGGCAUCACCUCAGAAAGCCUACUGAACCCAACAGGUGGAAAAGCCUUCAGAGUGUUUGCAGUCAUCUGAAAAACACACUCUCAAAAGGACAGAGUACCAGGCAAGAUGGCCACUUCACAUCCAGCUAACCCCCUCAUUAUCACCAUGCAACCUGUAAUUACAUUCAUUGCUACGAUAAAUAACUUGAGCCUUGAUACUUUGAGUUUAACGCGGCUUUUCUCAAGGUUUCCCCUCUGAGUUUAGUCAUGACGAACCCGUGGUACAUUGCAGCUAAGGCUGUUUUCACGAUGAUGCUCUGCGAUAUCUUUGGCAUUACGUCUCAUCACUCUUAUUUGAGCUGUGUAGCAGCAUCGUGUUUGUUUGGAAUGACCCAUGUGGGUAUAGUUCAAUAUAGUUCAAAUAGUUACACAUUGAAGAUAUACUUAAUAUUAUCAUACAUUUGUUUAAAUAAUAAAUAUGAGCUGCCAUAUAUCAGGCAAUACACACACAGAAAGAGAUUUUUCAAAUGUAUUUAGUUAUUUUUGAGUCUUGGCCUCCAUAUAUCAUUCAUAUCAAAUAUAACAUAGCAACAAUGCAAGCAGUAAAAUGCAUAUUGUAUAUUUUUGUACGUAAAAAUGUUGUAAAUAAUAUUGAAAACGUUGCUAUGUAAUGCUUCCUAAUGUUGCCUUUUUCAUUAACCUUUUCAUUAACAUGUUGCCAGCCAUACUAAGAGCAAUAUGAGCAAUAAUCAGUAGAUGCUGAAACAGAUUUUGCAUGCAAAACAUAUAUUGGUCAUUCAAGCUUUUAUUUUUUAUAAAGCACAAUCAUUGUAUUCAUCUGUUUGUAAAUAGUGGGAUUGUAACAUAUUGAUUCAUUUUAAAGCAGCAGUUUAGAUUUAUAUAAAUGGACCCUGGCUGGCCAGGAAUGUGCAUGGCAG